GAGAAUCUGUCGACCUCCCUACGGCAGAGCUUCGGAGCAGUUGAACUGCUGGAGCGACAGCACGACUCGUGCUGGUUCAGGAUCCUUCAUCAGUCUACCGGUGACUCGCACAACUCGGCGCUGCGCUUGUCCAACGUGUUCGAAGUGGUGGAGAACGCCAAGACUCGUCUGUCCAUCCGCGAGUACAGCGUCUCGCAGACCACGUUGGAACAGAUCUUCAACGCAUUUGCGAGCCAGCAGGACGCGGACGAGCCCGUUCUCACCACGCCAACGAACAGCCCCAGCAAUGCAGGCAGCGCCGACCUCGGCUUCGUGUCGCGCCUCCUACGUAGAGGGUGA